UAGUAAGGAUUGUUAACAGUGACAUGAGUCCAGAUAGAGGAGGGUGGACGGCUAUACAAAGAAGACAAGACGGAUCUACAGAUUUUUACAAGACGUGGUCAGAAUAUAAACAAGGAUUUGGGGAAUCCUCUACAAACUACUGGAUUGGAAAUGACGCAAUCUAUAAGUUGACAAAGAACAAAGACCGGGAAAUCCGGGUUGAGUUGAAAAGUUUUGAUGGCGCUGAAGCAUACGCUCAGUACUCCACAUUUUAUGUCGGGAAUGAAGACAGUAAAUACAAACUCACUGUGUCUGGGUUCUCAGGAACUGCAGGUAGGAAUGAGUAUGAAUUUCUAUACUCGAUAUUACUCCAGCAUGCUAGAAGUUCACGGCGAGAUACUUUGGAAUUGGUGAGGAAUAUAAGGAGCGUAGGGACGUUAACCGAGGCUCUUACUUGUAGGAGUAUAGCUCGAUGUAUGUCAGUGAACUUGAAAUUAUAGAAGCCACAAUUUCUACAACAACAG